CAUUUUAAUCUCAACUUCCUAGCAUACUUGCCUUAUAAGAGCGCAGGCACAGAAGCACGAGGGCUUGGGCGCUCUUGUGGUGGACACGCCCUCAUACCUUGUACGUCACUGAUACGCACCAACCCCCAACCCUCCGUCCUGCGGCGAAGCAGCAGCAUCACUGGGGCAGACAGAAGGCGAGAGCAUGGGUUUGUUGUCUAUAUUACGUAAAUUGAAGAACGCUCCAGAUCAGGAAGUAAGAAUUCUUCUCCUGGGGUUGGACAAUGCUGGGAAGACUACUCUUCUAAAACAGCUGGCUUCAGAGGACAUCAAUCACAUCACUCCAACGCAGGGAUUUAACAUUAAGAGUGUCCAGUCACAGGGUUUCAAAUUAAAUCUCUGGGACAUUGGGGGCCAGAGAAAGAUCCGGCCUUACUGGAGAAAUUACUUUGAAAACACAGAUGUACUUAUUUACGUAAUUGACAGUGCAGACAGGAAGAGGUUUGAAGAAACGGGGCAGGAAUUAGCUGAAUUGCUAGAUGAGGAAAAGCUCAGUGGUGUUCCAGUCCUCAUUUUUGCUAACAAGCAAGACCUACUAACAGCUGCUCCGGCCACUGAAAUCGCAGAGGGGCUGAACUUGCACACUAUUCGGGACCGCGUGUGGCAGAUUCAGUCUUGUUCUGCUCUCAGUGGGGAAGGUGUCCAGGAUGGAAUGAACUGGGUGUGCAAAAAUAUGAAUGCAAAAGAGAAAUAAGUUUUUACACAACCAAAACUUCUUUGGAUACAAGCUAUUGAAGAACAAAUACACAUGUGACAUAUGGACCAAAGGAAGCAGUACCUUUGCUUGUGUGAAUCUUUUCAAUGUGUUAACUACACAGCUAAAGUACCUAAAAUAGAAUUCUUUCAGAGGUAUCAGGAUCAGAAAUCUAUUAAAUCUACUCUGAUGGAUUUGUAGAAAAAAAAAUUCAAUUAUACUUAACCUCAAAAAUGGAUCUCGGCCAUCUGCAAUACUUCAGUGCGUCUUAGGUCUUUAAAGAGCCUCCCUGGUGACCACUGGAGUCUUAAGAUUUGGAAGAGGGUCCUCUUCUUUAUAUUGGUAGUUAGGACAGACUCAGUGUCGCUUAUUGUUUAUUACUUUUGGUCAGCCUUGAUGUUGUUUUUAAAGCGCUUUAUAAAUAAAUAAAUAAAUAAAUAAUAAUAAUUACACACCGCACACACAAUGUUGAGAUGUGACGGAGUGGAUGAUUUUUUGCAUCACACGCUGGGGUCCCUGGCAUACCCCCCGAGUUUGCACAUUCACGCCUUGUUUAUGUGGGUUUCCACUUUGGGUUCACAUGUUAGAUGUCACAGUCUGUGCUGGACAAAUGUUCUUAUGUUAAAUGCUGGCUAAGUUGGGGACAAAACACUAAAACCAUAGAGCAUUUGAGUCCUCUGAUUGCUUCGUUCUGCACUCGCAUUUCUCAGUAUAUCUAAUGACGACAUUUCCCAUGAUGCCGUGGUCUUCACAAGAAGAGCCCGAUUAAAAACGGCAACAGUAAUAUUCAAGUUCACCUUAGUAAAGAUACUGUAGUGUUGCUAAAAAAAAUUACAAUGAAAAUGUUCUUUUAGCAUUUGGGAUAUUCUGGUCACAUAUUAUUUUCAGAUGACUUUAUUCAUAAGUCUUAUACAUUUUAAAGAUCAAAUUAUGUGCUUCCUUGAAUUUUUUUGGAAACUUCUUUCAAUAAAUUUGGCCUGAAAACUCAAUGGAAAUACUAAAAAGACCCAAUCCUCGAAACUUUGCAAAAUGCUGUAAAUGUUGUGCUUCAUCUUGAAAACUGCAGCGGAAAUGAAAAUUGUCCACGCAAAACUAUGGCAUCUGGCGUCUUGCUUUUCUUUUUUUUAGCAACAGUUCAAAGACGUACAAUUCCGUUGAAUUACGACCCCGAAUUGGCCGAGUUCAGACUGGGUGAGGGUGGCUUGGGGUGGUGGUGUGCCUACGACAAAGUGCUCUUCAGGGUUGGUUCCAGCUUUGUACCCAUUGCUGUCGGUCUGGAUGCCUCAAAGCCCUUGUGCUGAUGGAAUGGAUUCCUAGUCCGUGUUCAUGACUAAGUGUUAGGUGUUUUUUACCUCUUUUUUUGAGAUGUAUUCUAUUCAACAGAUAACGGUAAGUAUGCGGUAUUUGAAACUCUGCUUUGCAGUAGUUGGACAGCUACUUUGAAAAGUAAAUUAUGUCCAGGGUGGCAUGGGGACACAGAGACUGGCACUACUGUCUCACGGCUCUAGUAAAUCCUGCGUUGAACUCUCGCACCCGGUCGUUGUCUGAAUUAGUCUUUGUUCGGGUACGCCAUUGAUUGUCCCCGGGUGAGUGUGUUAGUGGGUCUGGUGCCAUGUAAAGCACCAACUCUCUCCUCGUGCUCCAUACUGCCAGAUUAAAGUCUGGCACCUCAAGAACCUGAGGAGAAUACAGUGAAUUUGAUAAUUGAUAAUCUCAUGUUAAUUAUGUACAGUAAGAGUGUAAAUUCGUCUUAAUUUAAAAUCUGGUGCGGUAACGUUUUCAGUUUGAGUGGGACGUGGAAGUAAACAAAUACAGUAGAUGGUCUAUUCAUGCACUAGCAGUCAGUAGCAAUGAAAUCAGGCGCAGAGUAUUUACUUUUCUCAGUCAAGCAGCACAGACACAUGGCUUUAAAUCAGCUAAAAACUCUGUAUUGUAUACUUUCAUAGUAUUCACAAUCUGUGUUUCAUGAAUGUAUAUCUACUUCAACUUCUCUCGGCUGCUCCUGUUAGGUGUUGCCCACAGCGGGUCAUCUUCUUCCAUAUCGUCCUGUCUUCUGCCAAUUUCUGCCAGCACCCUGUUGGCUAACUGUACUGGUGGCGGCCGUCGUUAAUCUGGGCCUCGACCGAUCCAGUUUGGAAAUUUGUAUCGUUGUCUGCUCUGUAUUUUAUACACAUGUCGUACUGCAUAUGGCAUCAGAAAGAACAGCCAGUCGUGGGAAUCUUCCGUUCUUGCCAUCAUCAACCAACGCACGAGGAAGACUGUUUUUAGAGGGGACGUGAGUGCCGCUCCUCUGUUACCUGCGAAUGGACAAACGUACGUCUGUCAAGACAGCUCAGUCAAGCAAUGGUGGAUUUUAUCACAGGACAUUUUUCAAGAGGUACUGUACCAACUGGUGACUCGUUGUUUUGUUCACACAAGUGUGUGGUUUGCGUUUCGUUACGUUUAUUAUGUCGGGAUUCAUUUUACAAAACCUCCAUCUGACAAAAGCGAGUCACUUGUGCACUGCAAGACUGUUAACCUCUCUGUUCAUAUGAAUUCGUGUGUAGGAAGUAAAACACAAGCACACCUUAGAUGUAUUUCAGUUUCGAUUUUAUUAGCUUAUUCCAACGGUAAGUCACUGUACUAUUAUGUAAAUACUAAUUUCACCAUUUGAUAUGGAAUAAAGCUUCCCAAUGUAAGGCUUUGUGAUAUUAGUCAGUGUUGAUUGCCUUUAAGCCUGAUCUUUUCAAAUAUAUUCAAAUGUACUCAUUCACCAUUUCCUUU